UUCUGUCAGCAGCCGGGCUUCGACCGCGGUGUGAAUCCAGCGUCAGCAGGAGACUGCGGUUCCCUGACGACAACUGAAAUGACAAAAUUUACCACGAUCUAACAAGUAAGAGAACUCCGUAUUCGGAAUUAAUUGCGAAGCGGGGAACGUUGUAUCGUCACGGAGCUUACGAUGGAUUGUAUUUUACCGUAAUUUCAUACCGCGUCUCAAUGUUGACUGCCAACGUGCUGACUGGACCGGUAGACCGCUUCGCCCUCCCACUGAAGAAGCUACAGGCGAUUAAAAGGAGAGCACAGCUCUGUACGACCGCAACAUUUUCAUCACUGUAUAAACGAGUUAGCCAGCCGCUGUAUACAAUAUUUAUUCGUAGCAAGAUUGGAUCUUAACUGGUUUGUGCGGGAGGUGCAAACGCAGACCGCUCCACUGCGUUUCCAGUGAUCCCCCCAUCACAGCUGCAGAGGAGGGAGAGGUUUCGUUCCGCAAAACUGCACCAUGGGACCGGUCCACUGAAUUUGUCAUUCAGCGAUUUUCUACGGGCACCGAAUUUAUUCCAGCAGUCACAGAAACUGGCUUCCAGUAAAUAUCCGACAAGUGGAUCUAACGUCGAAUGUUGUGAAAUUACAGCCAUUCGUUUGCACGUGAUAUUACUUCUUGCUCUACACGUGAUAUUCUGUCGGAGACGGUUUAUGAUCAAACGGUCUAUACACAAUGGGAAACAGCUUUUCCAAUAUAUCUGCUUUUCAGUCCCUUCAUAUUGUCAUGCUAGGGUUGGACUCCGCUGGUAAGACUACCGUUCUUUACCGACUGAAAUUCAACGAGUUUGUAAACACGGUGCCCACAAUAGGCUUUAACACAGAGAAGAUUAAGCUGAGUAAUGGUACCGCAAAGGGUAUCAGCUGUCACUUCUGGGACGUCGGCGGACAGGAGAAACUCCGACCUUUGUGGAAAUCAUACAGCCGUUGCACGGAUGGUAUUAUUUACGUGGUGGAUUCGGUGGACGUGGAUAGACUAGAAGAGGCCAAAACGGAAUUGCACAAAGUCACCAAAUUCGCAGAGAACCAGGGGACCCCACUUUUGGUGAUUGCCAACAAGCAAGAUCUUCCCAAAUCCCUUUCCGUUGCUGAUAUUGAAAAACAGCUGGCACUUCAAGAGCUUGGUCCGUCCACCACAUAUCACGUCCAACCAGCCUGUGCCAUAAUUGGCGAGGGCCUUCACGAGGGUAUGGACAAAUUAUACGAAAUGAUUGUUAAACGGAGAAAAUCUUUAAAACAAAAGAAGAAGCGAUAACGACACUCCUCGCCUUGCCACCCGGGAGUACCAUAACUCUGGUUUUCGGAUAAUGCCACUGUUGCCCCAAACGAAAUGUUUACUUUGCAGUGACGCGUUUUCGUUUCAUUUGGUUUGACGGAAGUUUUUGCUACUGUAUACCCUCUGUAGUAUGCUGCAUUGCACGCAAGAAGAUGCUUUAGAGGGUGCUGGAUGUUCCACCGAAGUAAACCAAAACCUGCAUUGAGUAGUCUUAAAAAUAAUCGAAAAAAAAUGGGCUGGGCCCAGUCUGUUGCUGCUCUAUUCUUGAUUCUAUAUUAUGUAGCCGAACAAUGUUUAGUUUAUAAGUACUCAUAUAACACUGUGACGGUCAUUGGACAUUCCUUAUUGCUGAUCUUCACUAGAAAUGAGUAGAAGUUUUUCGGACGUUGACAAUACUGAAGUACAUUUUACUCUAUCGCAGUUUCAUAGGGAUGAGUGAUGCCAUGGAAACGUGCACGUUUGUGUUCCACCAGAUUCAGGUGACGGGCGAAAUGCAUUAAAAUUUUCUUUCGCCUAUAAAUUGGACUUACCUUGGAGAAGUACUGAAUUAUAUUAGUAUAGUGAGAAUUGCUCACCAGAAAUAUAUCUUGCUGGCAACAUAGUCCACAUCAGUUGCAAACUCUACUUUGCACUUUUUCCAAUAAAACAAUGAAGUCCUACACUGUAUAGCAAUGUGAGACUGUUUAUGUACAGUA